CUAGUAUCGUUGUGUCAUCUGUCAAAACUCAAAAAAACAUUUCGCUUUAAAGAUUGUUUGUGCGUCAGCAACAUCUAAAAUUUUCACAAAGUCUCAGUUUUAAUAAAUCUAAAUAUAAAAAAAAUGGACCCUUCGGCAACGCUGUUGAGUCUUCUUCAUAAAAAUCAGACUUCACCUCCUGAAACAAAUAUGACUGGUCAAAGAAGUCCAACUACACCAUCGUACCCUUCUUCUCAACCAACUCCUCCGCCAAUUCAAAGUUCCCCUAACAUUAUGCCAAUUUAUAAUUAUACUCCGCAUUUUAAUACUCAGCCAUUAGCUUAUAACCAAAACAUUUUUCCACCAGCUACUGUGCCACCACCACCGCCACCCCCACCCCCACCCUUGCAGUUGUCUUCACAGUCACAACAAAUGUCACCAAAUUCUAAUCCUAUAGUUUCUUUGCUUGAAACUCUUAACACAAGUUCUUCACAGACAACUUCAAUAAGUGUUAGUGGAACACCUCAGCCUCAAUCAAUUUUAAAUCCAGUUAGUGGUGAAAACGAAGCAACUACUACGACUGGAACUGGAGAUCCUACUUUAUUUAAUAUUGAUAAAGCUUCUACAGAAUCCCUUAAACUAGCAUUAUUUGGUCGUAAUUCCCCUGCAACAGGUUUUGAUAUAAGUCAACAGGAGAACGAAAAUCAAUAUCUAGCGGAUACUUCGUUGCCUCAGAAUGAAAAUCCACCAGCGGAAGAAAUAACUUAUCCGGAAGAGACAUCCGAAAUUGAAGCUCCCGCGGAAGAGACAGAUUACAACAAUAACAACAAUAACUCUUCAUUAGAAUCGAUAAGACCCACUACUUCAUCACCAUCAACAAAGCAACCACCUUCAACAACAAAUAAAUCUAUGUUUACUUAUACCAAUCCUUUUGAUCUUUUAAAGGAACCUUUAUCUCCUUCACAAUCAAUUAAUACCGCCCAGUGGAGUUCACAAUCUACUUUGACAUCACAAAAAAAUCAAGAGGUUUCGGUGGUUCAUAAAGACAGUGGAGUUUUUUCACGACCUCAGCAACAGAAAGAACCAUUUCUUUCUGAAUUAUCCGCAUGGAACGUGCGUGCAAAUUCAUCAUCCAAGGCACUUUCAAGUAUCCCAGAUGGUGUUAAGCUUCCUCGAGGAACUCUUUUUUAUAAUACAGGCAAAAAAAAUGAAAUCGUAUUAUCUAGUAAGGAGUUAGAACUUACUACAAUAACACUCGUUCCAAGUGAAUUAGAAUAUCGUGCGGGGAAAUCAAUUGCCGUCAAUGCGUUUUAUAUAUGCUAUGCUGUGAAAGGUGGAAGGAUACGGGUGAUUAGUACUUUAUAUGGUAGCAAAACAUUACUGCGAAAUCAUGACAAGUCUAUUCUUGAUAUGUGCAUUCAAGAUGUACUCUCUGAUGAAUUAAACGAAGAAAGUAAAACGCAAUUACUUCUUGCAGUUGGCAGUGAUAGUAAAAUUACAGUUUGGGAACUAUCUGAGCCACCAUCAGAGCAAGCAGCCGAAAUCCCGUAUAAAAUUUUACUUGCAAUUAAUUCCAAUGAAUCAAUUGACGAAUCAAAGUCUCCACGAUAUCAUCGUGCUGUAUGGCAUCCAGUAAAUCGUAAUAUGUUUGCAGUAGCUACAGAUACCAAUGACGUGUUGGUUGUUGAUAUCAAUAAAAUUUUGGAGGGCACCGAUGAAAUGAAUUUUAAAGAAUCUGAUAUAUCGGAGAAGAUUUUGAAGUUGCAAAUGGAAGAUAAGCCCAUCAAUGACUUGGCUUUCUCCCCCGAUGGAACGAUUUUGGCUACGGCAAGUGAUGAGUGUGUCAUCUUUUGGGCACUUAAUUUUGAAAAUGAUGUCGGCAUCAAUCCAGUCCAUAGAAUAAUUCUCGACGGACAACAGGUAUCUUCAGUAUUGUUUAUUGAUGGAGAAAAUAUAUCUUCAGGCCAAUCUUUAUUAUUUAAAUUCCGCUAUGUGAUAUUGGGGACCGAACGAAAUACGAUUCUUCAUUUAUAUGAUGUUGAAUCAUCCGAAUAUAUACAAUCUAUUAAUUUCUUACCACCGCCAGAACGUCGACCUUCUUUAAAUAAAGCAUACCGGAAAGAGGAAGCAAUGUUUAAUUGUGUCAGUUUUGAUCAGGAAACUAGUACCCUGUUAAUAGCUAAUAGCUCAAGAAUUUCUAUAUUUGCAUUGCACUUACAUUUGCCACAUAAGAAAACUGAACAGCUUGACCUUUAUAAUCAAAAUGAACAUGAUACGAUGGGUUCUGUUGAUGAUUCAACAGGCCCAAAUGUCACUCAAUUUGAUUAUAUGAUCGAAUUUCCGGUCAACCAAUUGAUUGGAAGCUUUGUUAUAGUUCCCGACACGAAUUCAUCACAAGGCAUUUCCUUAUACUGCAUUCAAUCCAAAGCCGUUCAACAAUAUCACAUUGCCAAACAUUUAUUAUUACCUCCAGAUCUUGACGCUUGUCCAGAAUAUGUUAUCGAGGAAGUUACUCUUGAUCCACCACAAGAAGAAGUUGAAGACACUAAGAAAGAAGAACAAAAUGAAGUUCUUACUACAGAAACAUCCGAGUUAUCUUCGCAUUCCGGAGGUCAACUGCCCACAACAGAUGAAGGUAACAUUGAAAAGGACAUUAUUAAAGAAGUAGUAACAGUUGAAAUAACUAAUACAGUUGCGGAAGAACAUGAACCAGAAACUACAACUGUUGUCACUGAAGAUACUUCGUUAAGUGAGAAGCGUGUCGUGCAAGAUUCUACAACUGGUAUUAUGGUAGAAUCAACAGUAAAUUCAGAUGAAAACGAAAGUAAAAGUCAAGAAAGUCAGAAAAUAUCGAGCUCUAUUAAAUUAUCUGGUCCUGUUGUAAAUGAAAGGACUUCUCGAAGAAAAGAACGUCGGGCUAUGGAAAGAGACAAAGAUAGUGGAAGUGAGAAUAUUAAUAACUCUCCCGAAACUACCAGUAGAGCUGCAGGCAAAAAAACUACGGAUGGUAUUUCAAAGAACAACGGAAAGAUAGGAGCUGGCGAGAAAACUAGAAAAGUGACAGAAGAAGGUCACUCUUCGACAUCAUCACCUGCGGCUGGUAUAUCUAAUGCUCAAAUGCAAACGAUCUUGAAAGAAAUAAAAAAAAUGGAAGAAAGUGUUACAAAUAAACUUGGAAAGAUGUUUUCGAAAGAAUUAGAAAAGCAAUUUCAAAAAAUAGAAGAAGAACGCAUUGCACAUCAAGCUGCUGAAACUUCGCGCCAGGAAACUAUUCUCAAAGUGGUUUCUCAAACUCUAAGUAACAAUACAUCUAAAUUAUUGGAAUCGACCAUUCGUAGCGAAGUACAAAAUUCUGUCCUUCCGACUUUGAGUAAAAUGGUUACAAAUGCUGUUGAUAAACAUGCUCAUAGAGGGAUGGUUGAAGCUGUAAACAAAAAUAUUCCAACAGCUAUCGAUAAAGCAGUUUCAGAGAAUGUGCCCCGUGUUCUUUCGAAAGCUCCUGUUAUCGAAUCGAUUGCUAAAGGAGUCUCCAAAUCUAUACGACCGGUUAUUGAAGAAACCUUUAGAGAAAACUUUACAUCUGUGCUAAUCCCAUCAUAUCAAAAAGCUACAAACGCAAUGUUUGAACAAAUUACCACGACUUUUGAGGCUGGAUUACAAGAUAUUGCACAUAAAAGUGCUCAGUCGGCUUCAUAUGCUAGUGCCUACAACAUUGAUCAAAAUACCUUGGCACGUUUACAAGCGUCUAUUGAUCAUCUUACCUUAAAUGUUCAACAAUUGCAAGCUAGUAUUAAUAAUGCCAAUGUUGGUGGUAACAUUGUAAGACAAGUUGGUUUAGGAAAACAUGUAGAGCAACAACAACUAGGGCGUUCAUCUGAAGAGUUGCAGCAUCAACGAGCACGUUCUCUUUCUGGAGAAUUAAAACGAAUUUUAAUUCCACAAAGUGCGACUUCUGCAUCAACACCUUCUAUGUCGCAUCAAGACACAUAUAAUAGUUAUACACCAUCUGGUAGAGUUUCUUCAUCACAGCCGCAUCAGAUUCACCAGCAGCAACAAUUUCAUCAAUCACGACAGCAACAUCAACAUCAGCAGCAUCAACAUCAGCAACAGUUAUUAUCACCAGUAGAACCUCCCGGCCUUGAAGAAAACUUGAAUAGUGAAAUUGAAAGGCACUUAGAAAUGGGGAAUUAUGAAGAUGCUUUUGUAAUAGCUCUUGCUUCCCAUGACUUACCAGUAAUCCUUAGACUUUGCAGCAAAGUGAACCCUAAGAGUGUUUUCCUUCCAUCCAGGUCUUUAUUAACACAAGCAGUUAUUCUUUCACUUAUUCACCACCUCUCCUUAGAACUGAAUAAAUUUACAGAAUUAAAACGAGCAUGGGUAGAAGAGGCUAUUAUUAAACUUAAUCCAAAGGAUCAUGAGAUUAGAGAUCAUUGUGAAAGGAUUUUACCAAUGGUAAAACAACGGCUUGAAGAAUAUUAUUAUCAAAUAGCUUCACAAGAUGCUCAAAGUCCUAAUUUGAAAAAUAUUGGACUUUUAAUCCAUGCUGUAAAUGGAUUAUUAAGCUAAAGCUUGAUUAUUUUUAUUUUUUUUAAGAUAAUUAAGUUGGUGUAUUAUUUUCAAAUUGCAAAUAGGUAUUUUUUAUUGUAUUGUAUAUUAGUAAAUGGAUAUUGAUUUUUUAUAACUUUAUUAAAUAAGUGAA